AUAUAAUAAAAAUAAGCUUUAUUCAAUUCUCAAUUGCUUUUCCCAAUUCCACAUUUCCAAUAACAUUAUUCCACAAUAUUCAAAUCAGUAGAUCGGAUCAGAUAUUCCAUAAGCUCCGCCGAGCCGCCCGAGUUACAACCGAGUCAACUCGCUAACCCUACAAAAUGAAACCGAGUUACACGUAUUGGAGGCACUAUACAAGAUUCCCGAUAUAAGUUUCCCAUUGAACCCGAAACAUGGAUUUAGACAGAAUCAGUGACCAGAGAUAUUUUACUAUCAACCGCACGCAUAAGCAUUAACCCUCUAGCUCUAUACGCGUGCUUUCUCUCUCACUCGCUCUUAGAGCACUAUAUAAAUUCGCUUCAACGCUAUCAUCCCUUCAAACGUUCAUUUUUCUGCCUUGGGGAACACCACAAACACGGACUUUAGGAAUCGUUUCGUUUCAGGAGCCCAAAUCGAAGAACAGAAGAAAGAAUGAAGGGAGGAUUGGUUGUAGAUAGUGGAUUUAUAUACGAAGACGAGAAGCAUCUCACAGUGCUUAAAACCUCUCUGUUCUUUGCUAAUGAUGGCUUCACCGUUUACGAUUGCAAAGGCCAAUUAGUCUUCCGAGUUGAUUCCUACGGCCCUGAUACCCGCGACACCGGUGAAGUCGUUCUCAUGGACGCCCACGGCCGCUGUCUUCUCACGGUGAGAAAAAAGAGGCCGAGUCUACAUCAACGGUGGGAAGGCUAUCUAGGGGAAAGAAGAGAGCGUCAGAAACCGAUCUUCAGCGUGAGGAGAUCAUCAAUAAUCCGACGGUGCAGCGUGGCCGUGGAAGUGUAUGGGAAUCCAGGGGAAGAGUACCAGAUAGAAGGGUCCUUCGCCAAUAGAUGUUGUACAAUCUUCAAUGCACAGAAGGAAUCAGUGGCUGAGAUCAGACGCAAAGUGGAUGUCUCUACGAACGUGGUGCUUGGCAAGGACGUUUUCUCCCUCUGCCUAAAGCCUGGCUUUGAUGGGGCUUUUGCGAUGGGAUUAGUUCUUGUUCUUGAUCAAAUGAACGGUGAUGAUUAUGUGGAUGGUGGAGCUGAGGUGCACCCGGCUGCAGAGGAAUAGUGCGUUCAUGAUGUGUGGUGGUGAUUUUUGGGUUGGUGGUCUUGUCUCUUGAUCGGGAAACCAUUUUAUUUUAUUAUUAUUAUUUUUUUUGUCAAAAGAUUAUGUGUAAUAGGGAUAAGAACUUGUAUGUUCAUAUGGAAAUAAUUCAUAAUCUCCUUUUCAUUGGAUGUAUAUAGCAAGAGAAAGAAGAGUACGGAAUGAAUGUUUUUGGGUAUAAAAUUAAAUGAUAUUGUAAAUUAAUUUUUA